AAUAAGUUACCUGUUUCCAUGGCAACUCCGGUGUUGUGGCUUUUGGUUGCUUAGUAAAGUCAGGUCCCCCGAGAAAGAUCGUUCAGUGUAGUCUUACUUACCUCUAAAACGUAUGCUUAUAUUUCUCCGGAGGCACGUAGUACAAUCAAAUAUGAGCGAGGAAUGCCAGGUUAAGAUCCCCGUGAGAGAUUCCACACUCAAACCUACACAGGCAGAGAAAACAUCAACCAUGGUCAGCUCUGCUGUUAGGAAUUGCAGAACUGCCCACCAGCUGGACACAGCAGACACCAGUUACUCUCGCACAGAUGAACACGAUGGGGAACUGACAAAGAUGAAGCAGUUAUGUAGAGACCUAAGUCAGAAGCUGAAGACCACGCAGCUACUCGUUACCAUCAGUGGUGGACGACCUGUUAUAAGUCUCAGGCCACCACCAGAACUGGUCAACUUCUCAUGCGGCAUCCGCUGGCCAAUAGAGUGUGAGGUCAUCGGCGACAUUAUCCAUCACAUAGAGUGGGACCCACCAGAGCCAGAGCCCUUCUAUCAGUGCACAGGAUAUGAGAGGACACCCAUGCCAGUCGGAGAGGAGAGGGGGAAGGUGGUAUUCUGCAUUGACCAUGCCGCUAAGCACCCCUAUUUCACCUACUCUCGUAUUGGAGGAAGCAGGGAGCCCAUUAAGCGAGCCACUUUUUAUGAUGUCAGUCAGUCAGAGCUGACCCUCGAGUUUGAGUCACGGUUUGAGAGUGGGAACCUUCAGAAGGCCGUCCAAGUGGGUGCCUAUGACUAUGAGCUGACCCUGUGCACAGACAUGUACACCACAAAGCACACGCAGUGGUUUUACUUCAGAGUCAGGAACAUGAAAGCUGGAGUCACCUACCGCUUCACUAUCAUCAACUUGAUGAAGAGGAGCAGUCUGUAUUCACAGGGUAUGAAACCACUCCUCUACUCUGAGAGGGAUGCUGAAGAGAAUGGUGUUGGAUGGCAACGCGCAGGUUCAAAUAUCAAAUACUACCGGAACUGCAGUCAGAAUACAAAGGACAACAACAGCGAUGGUAUCACCCUUUACUCACUCUCCUGGACUCUCCAGUUCCCUUAUGAUUCAGACACCUGCUACCUGGCCCACUGCUACCCCUACACCUAUUCACGCCUGCAGCGCUACCUUAGCCGUAUUACUUCCAACCCUACAGUUAGGUCAUACUGCAAAGUACGGGUCCUGUGCCAAAGUCUUGCUGGAAACGCUGUGUAUGUGAUAACAAUAACACCCCAGGACUCUAACAGAAUGGACGACAAGACCAAGAAGGCUGUGGUGGUGACAGCCAGAGUGCACCCAGGAGAAUCCAACGCAUCCUGGAUAAUGGAGGGAUUCCUGAACUUUCUCCUUGGUGACUCAGAUGAUGCUCAGCUUCUCAGGGACACUUUUGUUUUUAAGGUGGUCCCAAUGUUGAACCCAGAUGGUGUUGUGGUGGGUAACUACCGCUGCUCUCUUGCAGGCAGGGACCUCAACAGAAACUACAGGACACUGCUCAGAGAUUCCUUUCCUUCUGUGUGGCACACCCGAAACAUGGUGGAAAAAUUACUGGCUGAAAGAGAUGUAGUUCUUUACUGUGAUUUUCAUGGCCACAGCCGAAAAAACAAUGUCUUUAUGUAUGGCUGCAAAAACAAAGGUGACACUACACUGAAACUUCACGAGAGAGUCUUUCCACUAAUGAUGAGCAAGAAUGCUAGCAAUAAGUUCUCCUUUAAUAGCUGUAAAUUCCGGGUGCAGAAGAGCAAAGAGGGCACAGGACGAAUCGUCAUGUGGAGACUUGGCAUCAAAAACAGCUACACCAUGGAGGCCACCUUUGGAGGCUCCACUCUGGGCGACAGGAGAGGAACACAUUUUACUAUUCAAGACUUGAAGUCCCUGGGUUUUCACCUGUGUGACACCCUCCUGGACUAUUGUGACCCUGAUCCAAUAAAGAUCACUUACUGUCUGGCAGAAUUGGCAUUGCUAGAAAAGGAGUUCAGAGAAAGACUGGGCAAAGAUUUGGGCAACAGCUCUGACCUCGAAACCAGCACAAGUGGCUCAGAUAGUUCAGAUUCAGAAGGACUCCCACUUAAUUUGCUGAACCAGCCAGAAACAUAUACAGCGCAAACUCCAGUGACGAAAAAAAAGAAACACUUCAGGAGUCGUAAAGAGAGGAACAGACGACGACCGAACAGAGUAAAGAACAAAACACAGCAAAAGGAGUCUGACGGGGCCCCUGACAAAACGAUCAAAGAGAGCGUCCAAAAGAGGCCUGCUGAACGCCACAGGAAGAAACCUCACGUAAACAGCCUGAUGAGAAAAGGUCCUACAAUCACUCACCAUGGUGAGGUCAGUCAGGAAAACUCAGAUCUACGUCACAGUCCAGAACCAUGCCCACUUCACAGCAAAUACACCGGUGCUUCACCCCACAAAGGUGAUCCGGACAUGGAGACAGGACAGCCGGGACACUCCUCUCCCCCGCUGAACCUCAGGGCUCUCAUUCCACCGUCAUCAAAAAUCAUAAAGUCCAGCCAGCAUCAACAUCACUGCCACCGCCAGUCUUUUACCCCCUACAAAUUCUACAAAGGGCUGCCACCUUUGCUUACACCAGCCCACGGAUCUCCCAAAUUCACCUAUGUGAAUAUGUCUCCAGAAAUUAUUCCAAGAAGGCAUCUACUGACAAGUUUCAACACCAACAAAUUCAGUGGCCAGCACAUUUUUAGAGACAGGUCUUCAUGGCUCUCACAUUACGUUGAUGCAAAAGGGACCUCACGCACAGAAAUGACCAAGACCAAAUGGUAUAAAAGGGAAGACAAUUCCUCAGAAGUGGAUUCAUCACUGUUCAGACAUGGUGUUCAGAACCUGAAAGCUCAUACUCAUGACACCUCCCUGAAGGAACCCAAUUCAUGCAGAUUUUUUGUGCCUGUGCUGAGGGACCUAACAAAAAUAAGAAAAAGCAACGACAAAAGACACGGGGGUAUUUUACCUUCAUCCCCCAUGAGAGAGCAACUUCCACGUCCACAGAGUGACACAGUCAGCGUGCUUCAGGCUAAGGACAUUAGGCUCUAUCGCUUUGGAGAAGAAAGCCAUACAACUGUGACUCCACAAGAAGUAAUGGUCAAAAGGACAUCACAAUCAGCCUUACACAAGCCAAAACCUCUAAUCUGAGAAAUACACACUUAAUUUAUUCA